AUGGUCCAGGGUACCGCGUCCCACGUUGGCAAGAGCGUGUUGGUAUCGGCGCUGUGCCGCAUCUUCCGCCAGGACGGGCUGCGUGUUGCGCCGUUCAAGGCGCAGAACAUGUCCAACAACUCAUACGUCACCCCUGACGGUGGCGAAAUCGGUCGCGCUCAGGCCGUUCAGGCCGAGGCUGCCGGUGUUGAAGCGCGCGUGGAAAUGAACCCCGUCCUGCUCAAACCGGAAGCGGACAGUCACGCCCAAGUGGUGUUGAUGGGGCGUCCGCUAACCUCCGCCCGGGCGCGUGACUAUUUUGACCUGAAAGCCACCCUCUGGGAAUCGGUAGCCAGUUCCCUGGACCUCCUCCGGAGCCAGCACGACGUGGUGGUCAUCGAAGGGGCGGGCAGCCCGGCAGAGAUCAACCUGAAGGCGACCGAAAUCGUCAAUAUGCGCGUCGCGCUUCACGCCACCGCACCGGUACUGCUCUGCGGCGACAUUGACCGGGGCGGGGUGUUCGCGUCGUUGGUGGGCACAUUGCAACUCCUGGACGAAGUGGAGCGGGACCGGGUCAAAGGACUGCUGAUCAACAAGUUCCGCGGCGACGCGUCGCUGCUGACCGACGGUCUGACUUGGCUGGAAAACUACACGGGCAAACCGGUGGCCGGGGUCAUCCAUCACUUCCGGGACAUCCACAUUCCCGAAGAGGAUUCGGUGGCGCUGGACUUCACACCACCGCACGCCUCUUCACCCGACGUUUUAGAUGUCGCAGUGGUCCAGGUCCCGCACAUCUCAAACUUCGACGACUUCGACCCCCUGGCGCGGGAGCCGGGGGUGUCGCUGCGGUACGUGCAGAGCGGCGACCGGCUGGGUCAGCCGGACUGGUGA